CUCCGUGCCCGUCGGCGGGUGCCCUUCCCCCGCCGCGCCGCCAUGCCGCGGUGGCCGGUGCCGGCGUCGGCGUGAGAAGCAAACGGCGGGUCCCGGCGGCCAUGCGGGGCCUGGCGGGCUGGGCCGUGCUGGUGGCCCUGGGCGAGUGGCUAUGGGCGGGCGGCGUGGUGCCGCUGGCAGACUUCUACCCCUUCGGGCCCACGCAGGGCGACGCCGCCACGCGGAAGCAGGACGACGGCGGCUCCGAGCUGCGGCCCCUCUCCCUCCCCUUCCCUUUCUUCGGCGCGGGGCACACCGGCCUCUACGUGAACAACAACGGGAUCAUCUCAUUCCUGAAGGAGGUGUCCCAGUUCACACCGGUGGCCUUCCCCAUCUCCAAGGACCGGCGCGUGGUGGCUGCUUUCUGGGCUGACGUGGAUAACCGGCGGGCGGGCGAUGUGUAUUACCGGGAGAGCACUGAGCAGCCCAUCUUAGAGAGAGCAAGCAGGGACAUCGCGCAGUAUUUCCCCGAGUUUCCGGGGUUUUCCGCGCAGUGGGUCUUCAUCGCCACCUGGUACCGAGUGACCUUCUUCGGGGGCAGUUCGUUUUCACCAGUAAACACUUUCCAGAUUGUUCUCAUCACAGACGGCAAGCUCUCCUUCACCAUCUUCAACUAUGAGUCCAUCACCUGGACCACGGGUAUGCACGCCAGCAGUGGGGGGGACUUUGCUGGGCUCGGCGGCAUCGCGGCGCAGGCAGGUUUUAACGCCGGUGAUGGAAAGCGCUACUUCAACAUCCCCGGAUCCCGCACCGAUGACAUCGCUGACGUGGAGAUGACGACAAAUGUGGGUAUCCCCGGGCGCUGGGUGUUCAGAAUCGAUGAUGCCCAGGUGCAAGUGGGGGGCUGCAGCAAUACAACGUCUGUCUGCCUGACGCUGCGGCCCUGCCUGAAUGGGGGGAAGUGUAUCGAGGACUGCAUCACGGGGAACCCCUCCUACACCUGCUCCUGCCUGGCUGGCUUUACUGGGAAGAGGUGCCAUGUCGAUGUGGAUGAGUGUCUCUCCCACCCAUGUCAGAACGGAGCCACCUGCCUCAAUGGUGCCGGCAACUUCAGCUGCAGGUGCCUGCCGGGCUUCAGAGGCACCAACUGCGAGACCGAAGAGUCACCAUGUGAGAGCAGGGUGUGCCAGAACGGCGGGAGGUGCCAGGCGGUGAACGGGACGGCAGCAUGCUUGUGCCAGCUGGGGUAUACGGGGGCGGACUGCCAGACAGAGGUGAACGAGUGCGAGUCCAGCCCGUGCUUGAACGGUGGGCACUGUGUCGACAUGGUUGAUAACUACACCUGCGUGUGCCUGGAGCCCUUCGUGGGACAGCGCUGUGAGACAGACUCAUCUUCCUGUGAGGACUGGAGCUGCAGAAACCGGCAGACGUGCAACUACAUCCGCCCUGGCCGCUACAUCUGCACCUGCUCCCCGGGUUAUUACGGCAACAACUGCCAGUACGGUGGGCCCCGUGUGCCUGGCGCCUGCCUCUCCCACCCAUGCCAGAACGCGGGCAGCUGCCUGGAGACAGAGCAGGGCUACAUCUGCGAAUGCCGGGAGGGCUACACUGGGCAGGACUGUCGAGACAAACUCUCGGAGGGCUGCGAGUGUCGCAAUGGGGGCAGUUGUCUGGAGGGGAAUGUCACCAUCUGCCAAUGCCCACCUGGGUUUUUUGGUCUCCUCUGUGAAUUUGAAGUCACCACCACACCGUGCAACAUGAACACGCAGUGCCCAGAUGGUGGGUACUGCAUGGAGUAUGGCGGGAGCUACCUCUGUGUCUGCCACACUGACUACAGCACCAACCACACGAUGCCAUCCCCCUGUGACUCGGAGCCCUGCCUGAACGGGGGGUCCUGUGAGGUUCAUGAUGACUCAUAUACCUGCGAGUGUCCUCGAGGCUUCCUUGGCAAGCACUGUGAGAAAGCCAAGCCACGGCUGUGCAGCACGGGGCCCUGUCGCAACGGGGGCACCUGCAGGGAGGCGGAUGGCGAGUACCACUGCACCUGCCCCUACCGCUUCACCGGCAAGCACUGCGAGAUCGGUAAGCCAGACCCCUGUGCCUCGGGGCCCUGCCAGAACGGGGGCACCUGCUUCCACUACAUCGGCAAGUACAAGUGCGACUGUCCCCCAGGCUACGCUGGCCGGCACUGCGAGAUUGCGCCCUCCCCGUGCUUCCUUAGCCCCUGUGAGAAUGGUGCUACCUGCGAGGACCUCGGCUGGGGCUAUGCUUGCACGUGCCCCGUGGGCUAUGUAGGGAAGCACUGCCAGUCUGAGGUCGACUGCGGCGUCCCCAGCGAGGUGAAGCACGCCCAGGCCUCUUUCAACUCCACCAAGGUGGGCUCGCUGGCUGAAUACCAGUGUGAGCUGGGCUACACCCUCAGUCAGCACAACCACCCCCGUGUCUGCCGCUUACCAGGCGUCUGGAGCGACCCCCCAGAAUGCAAUGAGAUUGAUGAGUGCCUGUCCCAGCCCUGCCUGAACGGUGGCCGGUGCAAGGACCGCAUUGCCGAGUUCCUGUGCCUGUGUGAGCCAGGUUACACCGGCCACCACUGCGAGUCGGAUGUCGAUGAGUGCCAGUCAGAGCCCUGUAAGAACGGCGGGACCUGCUGGGACCUCCCCGGGUCCUUCACUUGCUACUGUCCCGAGGGCUUUGUGGGGACCCAGUGCGAGACAGAAGUAGACGCCUGCGAGUCAGCCCCUUGCCGAAAUGGAGGAGAGUGCGAGAGCUAUGGGGGCUCCUACCUCUGCGUGUGCCCAGAGGGUUUCUUCGGCUACCACUGCGAGAUAGCCAGCGACCCAUGCUUCUCCAGUCCCUGCGGGAGCAGAGGCUACUGCCUGCCCGGCAAUGGCACCCACAGCUGCACCUGCAAAGUCAGCUACACAGGCAAGAGCUGCGAAAAAGAAUUGCUGCCACCAACCUCAUUAAAGGUGGAAAGGGUGGAGGACACUGGUGUGUUGAUUUCUUGGCACCCACCUGAGGACGCAGCCGCCAGGCAACUCAUUGACGGCUACGCCGUGACGUACGUAUCCCUCGACGGCUCUUACCGCAGGACAGAUUUUGUGGACCGAAGUCGUUCUGCCCACCAAUUGCGGGCACUAGCCUCCGGCAGAGCCUACAAUAUUUCUGUCUUUUCAGUCAAACGCAACGUGAACAACAAGAAUGAUAUCAGCAGGCCCGUCAUGCUCACCACACGCACUAGACCGCGUACGGUGGAAGGCUUUGAGAUCACAAACGUGACAGCCAGCGCCAUCACGGUGCAGUGGGCUCUCCACCGGCUCAAGCACUCCACCGUCAGUAGGGUGCGUGUCUCCAUCCGCCGGCCGGGGGACCUGGCAGACCGCACCGUGGAGCUGAACAGCAGCGUGGCCAAGUACACCUUCCUGGACCUGCAACCAGGAGAGAGGUACAUCGUCCAUGUCACAACGCUGAGCGGCCUGGGGACGGAAGACCACCCCUCGGAGAGUCUGGUCCCGGCCCCCUUCCAUGUGUGGACGAGGCCUCUACCCCCCCAAAACCUCACUGCCUCCCGCGUCACCACCACCUCCGUGGCCAUGGUGUGGGAGCAGCCACCCACCGGUGCUGUGGAGGGGUACAUCAUCAACGUCACCACCGCUCAGAGUGUGAAGAGCCGCUACGUGCCCAAUGGGAAGCUUGUGUCCUACACAGUGCGGGACCUGCUCCCUGGGCAGUGGUACCGCCUGUCCGUGACGGCUGUGCAGAACACGGAGCAAGGCCAAGUGCACAGUGAGCCCAUCCACCUCUACGUCACCACCUUGCAGAGGGAUGGGGCUCCGGAGAGACGGUGGAGCCAAGGUGGACACCCCCGGGUCCUGCGCAACAGGCUGCCCCCAGCUUUCCUGCCUGAGCUCCGCUUGCUAGCGGAUCACGACAUAGCUGAGGAGCCCUCACCAGCCCCCAGGUUCACCGAGCUGGUGGAUGGCAGAGGGAGGAUCAGCGCCAGGUUUGGCACUGCACUGGGUAAAUCCAUCACUGUGAAGACACAGCCGGAGGCUCCAGUGAAGCUGGAGAAUGCGGAGGUGUCCAGCCAGGGCAGUCUGGCACUGCAGCUGCGUGAGGCAAAGAGCAAGAGCGAGGGGCAGAACUGCUCCACAAACCCCUGCAGGAACGGAGGCACCUGCACCAGGGAUGCCAAGUCCUACCACUGUGACUGCCGCCUGGGAUUUAAGGGCCGGCUCUGCGAGCUGGCAGCCUGCAAGAAGGUGCCACACUCGUGCACGCGGCUGUACUCGGAAACCAAGUCAUUCCCUGUGUGGGAAGGAGGCACCUGCCACUACCUAUACAGGAGAGUCUACAAGGUACACCAGGACAUCUGCUACAAGGAGAGCUGCGAGGGCACCGGUUCCGAGAAGACAACCAGCAGAAAACCAAGCAACAGUCACACACUGAAGAAGCCAUAGAGGUUCAAAGCAGUAGAAACUUCGUCUUUCCACAUCUAAGGGCUUUUGAAACACCAGGAAGAUCAGAUCUGCUCACUGGGUUGAACACAGCGGGGGAACCUUCCUGCCUGGCAUCAGCCUCUCCCUCUCCUCCAGCCCGUUAGGGACAUGCAGCCGGAUUGGCACGCCGAGCAGCACUCCCUUCCCUCCGCCGGACCAGCACUGCCUUCGCUCUGGCUUGCCUUACUCCGGCUGCCUCUCUGCCCCUGAGGAGCUGAGCGCCAGUGUACCGCAGUGGCUGGCUGGCUGCCCCUCGAGGGGACCAGCCCCGCUUAGCCCCCCUCCAGCUGCUCUGCACAAGGAAUGGGCUCCCAGCUCUGCUCAGGCAUUGGCGGGGCUGAGCCCAGCUCCCUGCCAACAGCAUCUGCACCAACCUGUUUUCGUAAUCCAAGGUUAUAAAUUACCUAUAACCCCCAAAUAAAACAGUUUAAUGCAGACUGAAAAGCCUUAGCUAUCACCUGAAAUGUGGCCCAAACAAUCUGGUUGGAGGAGACCUUCCCUAUGUAGACAAGUUAGAAAUGGUGAGCAGCUUCCCCCAAGCAGCAACGUGACUGUGGGCAGUGGAGGCACGUCCCUGUCUUCUCUGCUCUAGCAGGGGAAAUGGAGGCAGCUUCUACUGCCUGCCUUUUUUCUUUGCUUUGUAAACAAUCCCUGGUUUUAACCAAAUUUCCAGCUCAGAAAGCAAUAGAGCACCUAGAAAGAAUUUUAAAAGUGAUCUGUAGGAUGAAAUUUAUCAGUUGAGGUGUUAAAACCACAUUUGUUCUGACGCUGAUUGCCUCCAAGCCAGGGCAGGGCACAGCAUGGGCUCGGUGAUGAAGCGAGCUCCCCGUGCCAUCCCCCUGAGCUGCUCGCUUUGCGUUCAGCUUGGCACCACCCAGUGCCCAGAUGCCAGCGCUGUGUUGUCUGCGGAGGAGAGGACCAGCACGCAGUGGCUGCCCCACCAGCUGCAGCAGGGCAGGCAAGGAAAAAGUGUAGCUUAGAAACAUUCCUAGUUUUGUGAGUUUGUAUGACAACACUAGUUAAACAUAGAUUUGUGUAUUAAUGUACACAGUGUAUAUUAUAAAUUAAUACAUACCAGAGAUAUAUCGUAGUUAUGGUAUAGAGUGUUAUUUCCCCAGCAGCGUGGGAAGCAUCCCCGCGGGGCCGCCCUCCCCUCCCAUAAGCAUCGCAGCAUGCUUUGUUAUUCAGCCACGAGUGUCGAGCUGCAGCCCGGAAGAUGCUCUCAGAGCAGAACAGGCCCAGGAGUUUCGCUGCUCCUGCCACCACCCUCUCCCUCCCAGGAGCAGCGUAAGAGUGCUCGGCCCGCAGGAGCGGCUGCUGAGGCAUCCGGCAGCAGCCUGGGAGUGGCAGGGACAACGUAAAGCCAGGACCAGCGUGAUGCUCCCCUCCUGCACAGGCUCUAGCUCUGCUCCCAGAGAAGAACUGGAGUCAGAGAUGGACUUGCCUCAUUUUCCUCCUGCUGCAAGGUGAGCCCAGGUGUCGUGCCUCCCCUGGGGAAUGAGAAGCCAGCCCUUGCCUGGAAGAGCAGGGCUAGGGGAAAGCCAGAACAGUCUCUGCUGCCCACAAGGGAGGGGAGGUUUUGGGGCUGCUUGCACCCCUACCUUGUCAGCCAUGCGACCAGCGCUGACACGGGUUGCAAAGGCAGCCCCGCCACAGGACAGUCCUGUUUCAGCACAGUCCCUGGGCCCAGCCAGCGCUGCUGUGGGGCCUGUCCCCACAGCGAGGGGAAGCACAGCCCUGCUAUGAGCCGGCACAGCAUCCUGCUGCCUCCCGCCCCACAGGCAGCACAAUACGUAAUGCAGCCAGAAGGUUUUAACCUAGCCUUGGAAAUAAAUUAGUUAUUUUGGUUUGUUUUUUUUUUUUUUUUAAAUAAAAACACUUUAUGGGAA